AUGGAUUCAAAUGAUCCAAACCCCAGAAAUAGUCAACGUCCUAAAACAACUCCAAAUACUGGAAAUCAUCCAAACCAAAUGAACCCAACUAAUCCCCAACCCAAUCCAAACUUUCUCAAUAUGGAUUCAAAUUAUCCAAAUCCCAAAAAUACUCAACGUCCAAAAACAACUUCAAAUACUGGAAAUCAUCCUAAUCCUCCUCCUCAUCAUCAGUCAAACCAAAUGAGCCCAAAUGAUCCCCAACCCAAUCCUAAUUUUCAAAUUCCCAAUAACUUCUCUCACUAUCCAAACCAUACAAACCCAAAUAAUUUCCAACCUAAUCAAAAUCUUCCAUAUCCAAAUUUCCCACUUUAUCCAAACCAAAGAAAUCCCAAUAAUUUCCAGUCACAUACAAACUUUCCAGAUCCUAAUUUCACACACUAUUCAAACCCAAACAAUUGCCAACCUAAUCAUAAUUUACCCAAUCCAUAUCUCCCUCUUCAUCCAAAUCCAUUUCAACCUAAUCAAAACUUUCCAAGCCAAACAAUUCCGAAUAAUUUCCAUCCUUGUCCAAAUUUUCCACAUCCAAACCAAACCAAUCCAGAUAAUGUCCAACCCAAUGAAAAUUUCAAUUUCCCCCCUAAUUUUCAUACGCGUAUGAAAAAUCCGAACCAAACAAACCCAAAUCGUCCCAAUUUUCCAGACAAUCCGAACCAAAGAAACCCUAAUCGUCCAAAUUUUCGACAGAAUAGAAAGCAGGCUAGUAUUACAAAUCGACAACAGAAUUCAAGCUACAAUACAAAAAUAGUUUCUUCUGGAAAUAGGGAAGAUACCGAAACAUCCCGUCAAGAAUCAGAACCCUCUCAAGAAUCGUCUGAACCAACGAAUCCUGAACAAGAAUGUACUUCUGAAAACAGUGAACUAUCUACUGCUGGUACUCGGAAUAAAGCGUGUGAGAACAGCUUACGCAAUUCAAUUCCAGAUAGUGGUGAACUAACUAAAGUCCUUCUCGGGUGUGUACUCGAGGAUAUGCUUCGGGAAGAGAAUAAUAUUAGUUCUAGUUCUAGUUCUAGUUCUAGUUCUAGUACAGAUUCAUCCCAAUAUAAAAGAAUGAAAUCCGAAUUUAAUGAGCAGAUUCGCCAACUAAGAGAAAAACGCCGGGUUUCACGUCGACAAAUAAUACGAGAUAUUGAGGAUUAUAUGAUGGCAACGCCUAGCUCUGAGGACGAGGAUGGGAACGAAGAUGAAGACGGAGACGAUGAUGAAGACGGGAACGAAGAUGAAGACGGAGACGAUGAUGGGAGCGAAAGCGAGGACAAGGACAAAGAUGGUUCUCCGUAG